AUACUACAUGAAUUCAUUGUAUAAAUUUGAUUUUGACAGUCUGGAUUUGUAUAACUUCCUUAAUUUUCUAAAAUGAAGAACUUAAUUUUGUUCAUGACCUUUCAAGCCAUUGUUAUUCAGACCGCCUACUCUCAAUGUGUCAAUCGUGUUAUCUCCAACUGUGCUCCAAACGUUGUCGAAACGAUUCUUCCAAACCAAUACUUUGGCCCUCAAUUGGCACCAGCUUUAGGACCAUUGGCACCGGCUCUAGCACCUGCUCCCGUUUUGGCACCGCCUCUAGUGCCAGGUGUGAUCUCUGAAGUUGGAUAUCCAACUGUUAUUCAAGAUAGCAGUGUUGCUAAUAACUUGGCAAAUGCCUUACAACUACUUGUUGUUAGCAAUUUGUUGAGUAGCACAUUGCCCGGCCCUUGUGAAUUGCCAUUACCCGGAUAUCCGGUGGAAAGUAUGGUUCCAAUGCCAUCGUUGCCGGCCUAUAAUUAUGUUUACUAGUUUAAUAAAGUUAAAAGCAUA